CCCACCUGUACGUCACUUGCAAGCUGAACCCCACCCUGCCAGGCUCACCUUCCCGAGUCAGCCCACCACCUUGAAUCAAACGUCUGGUGCCUGGAACGUAUCGUUGCUACCUGAUCUAAGUUCCGACGCGCGGAGUGGCAUAAUAAUCUUGACCUCUCCCGAGGCUCUCUGCCACACCAGCAUAUCCCGCCCUUCAGGCCUUCGCAGACCAGAGAAAGGCGCCGUCACCCCGCCAUUCUGGGCUGCUUCCAGCUGCUUCCGUUGUCAGAAGUCAACCACCAAUCACCCUCCCUCUGAGAACCGGGCAUCAGAACAUCAGAUCCGUGAUCCUUCUUCCUGGGGUCACAUUGGUAUCGAUCGCCGGUGAAAGCUCACAAAAUGGCGUCCCAAAAACGCAUCGCCAAGGAACUCGCAGAAUGCACCUCCUCGCCGCCGCCCGGCAUCACCGUCUUCCUGCCCAACGACUCGGACGUGCACCGGUGGCACGCGGUGCUGGAGGGGCCGGAGGGCACGGUCUACCAGGGCGGCCGGUUCGGGCUGGUCGUGACGCUGCCGGCCGAGUACCCGUUCAAGGCGCCGACGGUGACGUUCGCCACGCGCAUCUACCACCCCAACGUGACCAACGACAGCCUCGGCAACAUCUGCCUGGGCCUGCUCAAGCCCGAGAACUGGAAGCCGUCGACGCGCCUGGCCAGCGUGCUCGAGGCCGUGCGCGGCCUGCUCGUCGAGCCGCUGCCCGAGGACCCGCUCGAGGCCCGCAUCGCCGACGAGUUCCGGAACGACCGCCGCGAGUUCGACAAGAACGCGCGCGGCUAUGUGCAGCGGUACGCGAAGGGGCCGGUUAAGUUCGAGGGCUCGGGGACGGCGCCGGCGCCGGCGGAAGCGGGGGAUAAUAAGAAGGGAUCCAGCGGCAGUGGCAGUGGGAAUACCGGCACGAGCGGGUCGUAGGAUAAUAUCCGCCGCCCACGCGUGGGCGAGGUGGCGCGCGGUCGGCCGCAGCUGCGGAUGGCAGCCGCCGCCCAGGCUGCCGCGAUCACCGUGCAUGUACAUCCCGAACCCGCGUCCGGUCGCCCGCAGUUUUCGCGGCAGGCCGGAACCGCACGGCCGGAUGCUGUGGACCGCGGCGACUCUCCUGCGGCGAACGCACUAGCGCGGCAGCGACGGGACAUCGCAACCCCUCCUUCCCCCAGGGUGCA